AUGAAGCUUCUUUUCCUGUCUCUUGCCAUCCUUCUGGCCAUGGAACCCGCGAUGCCAGGGGAGUGUUGGCUGCACGGACACUGCCGCUUGGUGUGCAGGGAUGGUGAAGACCACGUCAUCCGCUGCCACAAUCGUAAGCGAUGCUGUGUCCCUGAACGCUACUUAACAAUCCAGCCAGUGACGAUUGAUGGGCGGCUUGACUGGACCACUCCCCACGUGACUAAGAACGGCCAUAAACGCAAUAAAAAUAGAAACCGGGGAUAG